UGCUGCCCUGUUCCCCCAGCCCUGCUGCAAUGAAGGUGGUGGUGGCCUCCCUGCUGCUGCUCUGCGCCUGCUGCGUGCAGGCUGCCAUGGUGAGGCGCGAAGCCUCGGAGCCCGAAGCCGCUCCGGCCGCCGAGGACUUCUUCAGCCGCCACUUCCAGUCCCUCUCCGACUUCAUGACCAAGGACCUGCCCCAGAGGCUGCAAGUGGAGGAGCUGCGCAGCCAGGCCGAGACCUACGUGGACCGAGCCAACAAGCAGCUGGCACCACUGGUCCAGGAGGUGCAGAGCAACUUCCUUGGCCUCUUUUCCUCCCUGCUCAAACUGGGCAAGGACGAGGGGAAGCCCUGAGCCUGCC